UAAACGAGUUCAAUAAGUAAUUUGAAUGAUCAAAAGUCAUGGUUAUAGUUCGGUUUUAUUUUUCUAGAUGUAUUUCGUUGGUAAAUAUUAUUUUUUUUUAUUUUUUGUUUUGUGAGCAUAACGAAUGAGCUAUAAUCGGUUUUAGAAUAAAACUUUUUAAUUUCUUUUGUAAACAAUCGUUUAAAUUAAUACUGUAAAAGUGUAGUACAAAAUUCGUGUAGAGUUAUAUUCAGUCAAUUGAAAGAACUGGACAAUUAAUGUAUCUGAAAAUUCCUUUGAAGUGGUACACAUGUGAAAAUUAGGAAAAUCAUAUCAACAGCCGAGAAAAAUUAAUAAAAUAAAAUUGAUCGGAAAACCGAUAAUAAUAGUGUAGUAUAAAUGUAAGUAUUUUAGGUGUAUCAAGUAUCUACCUAUAAUAAAAUACAUACAUAUGGACCAUAAAUGCUUUUUUUCUAUUGCGAUGACUAUGAACUAAUCACAAGAAAUAUCGAGAAUUAACAAAAUAUGUUUUACAACUUAUACGAACAGAGAGAUGAACCACCGCCAAAUUGUUUCGACUUUCGACUCUAAUUACUAUGGACGGUGAAAAAUAUCCAUAGUAUAAAAACAACUUUAAAAGAAAUUCUUUGCUGUUAUAAAUGACCAAAUGGACUGUUACAGCAAUGGACGCCUGGGAUGGAUGUCCGUAGAAAAAGCACUGUUGUAAACUGUCCGACUGAUACGACGAUGUUGAACAUUGUAGAAAACGAACAUCAACAAACGAACGGCGGCGUGGUGACCAACGGCGGUACAGUGACCGCGACCACGUUAACGGGUUUGAACGGCAGCACGGCGAUGAUAGCCAGGGAGUGCGCCAACUGCGGCAAACGCAUCACCGAACGGUUCUUGCUCAAAGCUUUGGACUUAUUCUGGCACGAGGAUUGUCUCAAAUGUGGCUGCUGCGACUGUCGCUUAGGCGAAGUUGGAUCCACGUUGUACACCAAAGCUAACCUGAUACUCUGCAAAAGAGACUACCUUAGGUUAUUCGGAGCGACCGGCAAUUGCGCGGCGUGCAACAAGGUAAUACCGGCGUUCGAGAUGGUGAUGAGGGCCAAAAACAACGUCUACCACUUAGAGUGUUUCGCGUGUCAACAGUGUAAUCAUAGGUUUUGCGUGGGCGAUCGUUUUUACCUGUGCGAGAACAAGAUCCUGUGCGAAUACGAUUACGAGGAACGACUGGUGUUCGCGAACAUGGCCACGUACAACUCGUCCAGUCUGGCGCACAUAAGAAGGCAAGUCAGUAGAUUACAGCAGCCAGCGGCAAACGAACGCGCCCACGCAACAGCAGCAACAGCAGGAGACGUUGUAGGACCAACCGACGAGGUGGACCGGUGCAGAGCCACCUCGGUCGAGCAACAGCAACGGCGACCUUUACCACCAUACGACACCGCAGUCAUCGGUUACGGCGGCGCAACAGCAUCGCCAGCAUCGGGUCAGCAGCAACAACAGCAGCAGCAGCAGCAUCAACAACAGCAACACCAUGUGCAGCAACACCAACACAUGCAACAGCACCACCAGUUCCUGUCUGCAACAGCCGGUGCUACGGUGCUGUCUGCACAUCAAUCAACGGUCGUCGUGGGUAGCGGAGGAGUUGGCGGUGGAGGAGGAGCCGGAGGCGGAAGAGUCGACGACGGAUCGAGCGGUUACGGCAGUCCGGACUCCGAGACCGGCAUCGAACCGUCCGCGGCCGCCGCCGCUGCCGCUGCCGCCGCUAACAUCGGUGGUGCUGCAAUCAUCGCGUCCUCGGCCGCCGCGGCACCGCCGGUACAAUAAUCGUCGUGCCGCUGUAACGCCACUGAUUCCGACCGCGGUAUACACGCACGGAACUCGGUAACCACGGCGGCACCCCGCUCCACCACCCGCGUAACGCGACAAUUAUCGUUCUUUUAACGUCUACGCGUCGUCUCGUACGUCGUUUGCAGAGUUUCAGACGCCUCUUACGACGAGGGCCGCGGAAAAAAUUCUACAGUCAAAUAGAGUUGUGUGUCGUUCCAUCCUUUCGCACCCGACAAUGACCGAAUUCAGUUG